AUGUCAGCCAGAAAGGGCUAUCUGCUCCCUUCGCCAAAUUAUCCCACAGCAAUGUCAUGCUCCGAGAGCCCGGCCGCGAACUCUUUUCUGGUGGAUUCGCUGAUCAGCUCGGGCAGAGGGGAAGGAGGUGGAGGUGGCGGCGGCGGCGGCGGCGGCGGCGGCGGAGGAGGAGGAGGAGGAGGAGGCGGCUAUUACCCUCACUACCUGCCACAGGCGUCCGAGCUGUCCUACGGUCUGCAAAGCUGCGGGCUUUUCCCGGUGCUGAGCAAACGCAAUGAAGGUGGAGGCUCUCCGGGGGGCAUGGUGCCCUCGUCUCACCCUUACAUGUCAGGCAUGGAGGUCUGGCUAGACGGCCCCAGGUCGUGCCGAAUGGAGCAGCCGGAUGGUCCGCAGCCCCCGAAUCACCAGCCGCAGCCCCAGCAGAACCAGCAGCAACAGUCCCAGAACCAGCAACAGCCCCAGAAUCAUCACCACCACCAGCAGCAGCCGCAACAGCCACAGCAGCCAGCGACCUCUUGCUCCUUCGCUCAGAACAUCAAAGAGGAAAACUCCUAUUGUCUCUAUGAUUCCGACAAAUGCCCCAAAAGUUCAACGGCCCCAGAGCUAGCCUCCUUUCCCCAGCGGGGCCCUCCCGAGGUCUGCGUCCUCAACAGCAGCGGCGGCGGCGGGGGCGGGGGCGGCGGCGUGCCGGUCCCGGGCUAUUUCCGCUUGUCUCAAGCCUAUGGCACCGGCAGCUCGAAGAGCUAUAGCGCGGCGGCAGCGGCGGUGGCCGCAGCAGCAUCGGGGACUCAGCUGGGCGCCUCCCCGUUCCCCCAGCAACCCCAAGUUCGCUUCGACUCGCCGCCCGCUCUCGCUUCGGUCUCGGCUGAGACAGGCAGGAAGGAGAGCUCCCUCGAGUCACCUCCGCCCACGGCCUUAGCUUGUGGAUCCCAGGCUGCGGAGGAAGACACACAAGCGUCGUCCUCCGCCGCCGAGGAACUGUCCCCCGCUCCCUCGGAGAGCAGCAAGCCCUCUCCGGAGAAAGACCCCAUAGGCAACGCCAAAGGUGAGAACGCAGCUAACUGGCUCACUGCAAAGAGCGGCCGGAAGAAGCGAUGCCCCUACACUAAGCACCAGACUUUGGAGCUGGAGAAGGAAUUUCUUUUCAACAUGUACCUAACUCGAGAGCGGCGCCUAGAGAUCAGCCGCAGCGUCCAUCUCACAGACAGACAGGUUAAGAUCUGGUUUCAGAACCGACGGAUGAAACUGAAGAAAAUGAACCGUGAAAACAGAAUCCGAGAGCUCACAGCCAACUUUAACUUUUCUUGA